ACAUCAUAUGUGUCCUAUAACGUAAAAUAUUAAAUAAAGUAAAAUUCCUUAGAUUUUUCCAAUAAAUGUAACGUGUAUAUAUUGUUUACAAAGUGUAUUCACGUACAGAAAAAUUAAUUAAAUCCGUACUUCUCGAAACCAUUCAAUUAUGUCCCAACCAUUCUUCUGAAAGCAACUAAUUUGCAAAUAUCAAACGUGCAUUAAAUACGGAUUGAGACCUGGUGGAGCAACAUUACGUACAAACGAUCGAAACGAAUUUCUUAUUCCCCCUACAUGCUACGAUGCUGGCAUUGGAAUUUUUAAUCCAUGUAAAUAUCAUAUUGUAUCCCACCAAGACUCGAAGAAGGUACUUGAAAUACCAAAUACCAAAUUCACUCGCUGGAUACAGAAGAACUGUCAGAAGGCGUGGUCUGAGCCAACCGAAAAUCGAAAAGAUCUUUACGAAAAUUGGUUCCCCGACAAAUUUGACACGAAGUUUCUUUCAACAUUAUUACCAUUUUCGAAUGAGUCUUUCGAACCUUGGUGGAAAAGGUACAACAAAAGAUCAAGAAACGUUAAGUGAUUUAGAAUGGAUUCAAGCAGUACGCACUGAAUUAAAUGAAAAUAAUAAUAUCAAACAGCCGAAAGGAACAAUACAAAAAUUCAAAGAGAAUCCUUUAGUACCUAUAGGUGCUACAGCAACUGUAGCUGCUCUGGGUUAUGGCUUGUAUAGUACUUUUAUAGGAAAUAGUCAAAUGGCGCAAUAUAUGAUGCGUAGUCGAGUUGCAGCACAAGCUUUUACUAUUAUGGCCAUGGUUGGUGGACUCAUAGUUAUGGGAAAAAAGUCAAGUACUGAUGUAUAAUUAUUAUACAAAGAUUUAUUUAAUAGUAAUCAUGUAAAAACUGUAGUAGUCAAUUAUAGACAAUUGCAUUUUUUAUUUCAUCAGGAAAGCAUAACAUGAAAGUUUUAUGAACUAUUGAAA